AUGCAUCAUCAUUUACGUUUUCAUUCAUUUAUUAUUCUUGUUCUUUUUAAUCUUUAUUGUUAUUCAUCACCUAUACCAUAUGUUGAUCAAAAUAAAAAAGAACAAAUAUUAUCAUCAAUGGAUUCGAACGUACAAGACAUAAUACAACCAUUGGCUAUUAAUAAAGAUAAUCAAGUCGAUUAUUUUUAUAUAUUAUGUGCACUUUAUGAUGAUUGUUAUGAUAAAGAUCAACAAUAUUUUAUUCCAAACGAUAUAAAACCUAAACGUCUUAUGUCCAAUUUAUUUCAUGGUAUUCCAAAAUUUGGCAAACGUGCAUUUUCAUCAGCAUUUUCUGGUAUUCCAAAAUUUGGUUAA